GUCUUAAGUUCCCUUCCCCCAAAGAAAUUUGAUAAGAAUUAAAGGUAAUUUACAAAUAAGACAUGGAUUGAGAUUUGGAUUUUACCCUCCCCACCAUCCACCACCAAAAAUAAAUAAAAAUUGCCAAAAAAUAAAAUUGGGAUUGGGGUUUGGAAUGGUAGGAACAAAAUAAUCUGGGAGAAAAGCGCAUAUGCCGACAUGUCUCCCUCUCCCCAAGAAGAUUCGUAAGGAUGCGCAUCUCGUUUCCACGUUUAGUCUUUUUAUUCGUUACGCUUCGAUCAACCCUUUUCUUGUUCUUAGUAGAUAUUAUCCAUAUGACCUGUGAGCAGAGUAGCGAGCUAGCAGGCUAGCAGCAGCACUCAUCAGCCUCCAUUGAAGCUUCAGCAGUAAACACCCUUACUGUUGGCGUACUUCUUUCAAUGACAUCAGGUGGCUACCAAAUCAAGGGAUAAAUUAUGAAUCCUCAGAGUACAGCAAAUCCUUGUAGAACUCUUGAGGGGGUUCAUGGAGUGCAUCUGGCAUCCCAUUCACCAUUUGUAGCAGAAGAGAUUCCUCAACAUGGGGAAUUGAAGCAGUCCAUCCCUGAAGGAUCACCGUUUGGAGCUAAUCAGAAUCUUUUAAUGCAACGCAUAUGGCAGCAGAGGCCAGCAUGCCUGAGGCCCAUCCGCUGUAAUAUUCAAGGUGAUCACAACCUGAUAGAGAGAAUUGCUAAUGUGCUUACUUCACUUCCUUUUAUCACCCUUGGAAUCCAUGCCCCAAGGAAGAAUUGGAGUAGUAAACUAUAUGCUAAUUCGUUAAUUGGAGUUGGAGUUGCUUCAAGUUUAUACCAUUCUUCAAGUGGAGAAAUGAGGAAGUAUCUAAGAUGGGUCGACUAUACAAUGAUAGCCACUGCAACAGUUUGUCUUUCAGGUGCACUAAGGAAUGAGAAUCCUAAGUUGUUGAUGGCAGCUUCUGCUGUAUUUCUACCUUUCCAGCCUUUAAUGGUUUCGGUUGUUCACACAGGGUUAAUGGAGGUAGCAUUUGCAGAAAGAGCAUUUAAGGAACCAGAACUGAGGAUGGCCCACAACCUGCAUAAAAUAUCAUCUCUUCUAAGUGGUGCUCUUUUUGUUGCGGAUGAUGUUUUUCCCAGAACACCAUACCUCCAUGCUGCUUGGCAUCUUGCUGCAGCUCUUGGUGUUGGGACAUGUAAUAAACUUCUUGAAUGAUAUUCGAUUUGGACCUUCAAUUAUAAAAUUUUACUCUACAUAUCGGAGAAUAUAUAUAUAUAUAUAUAUAUAUUCUCUGAUGUGAUAGUAACCAUUCAUGUAUUUAACCAAAUUUGUAUAAAUCCCACAUUUUUUACAAGGAACUUGUCAUGUAAAAGUUAUCCGAAAUUUGAUUCCUUUCUAUCAUACUAUUCUUGUAGAUUACCCAAGAUUUAAAGCAUUAUUUACAGGAUGCUGCUAAUGUGGGUUCUGGUGA